UGGAGGAGGGCGGAGCAGCGGCGGAGGCUCCGCAGUUUAAAUGAAUGUCAACCUGCUGCUGCCGGGACAAGUCACUCAGAGCUCAAACCUGCACACACAUACACACACACACACACACACACACACUUCUACAACAUGGCCCGGCGGCCGAGAAACAGUGUUUACAGCAGUGAGGAGGAUGAGGAGGAGACCGAGAUGUAUGAACAUGAUUACGAUGGAUCAAUGGCCAAGGCAGGGAAACGCCACCUCGGCAAAACGCGCUGGACACGAGAAGAGGAUGAGAAGUUGAAGAAACUUGUUGAGCUUCACGGAUCAGAAGACUGGAAGCUCAUCGCAAGCUUGUUAACUAAUCGAACAGAUGUGCAGUGUCAGCAUCGGUGGCAGAAGGUGCUGAACCCAGAACUCAUCAAGGGGCCAUGGACUAAAGAGGAGGACCAGAGGGUGAUCGAGUUGGUCCAGAAGUACGGAGCCAAGCGCUGGUCGGUGAUCGCCAAGCACCUGAAGGGGCGGAUCGGCAAGCAGUGCCGCGAGCGCUGGCACAACCACCUGAACCCGGAGGUGAAGAAGACGUCGUGGACUGAGGAGGAGGACAGAAUCAUCUACCAGGCGCACGAGAAGCUGGGCAAUCGCUGGGCGGAGAUCGCGAAGCUGCUCCCUGGCAGGACUGACAACGCCAUAAAGAACCACUGGAACUCCACUAUGAGGCGAAAGGUGGAACAGGAGGGCUACCUCCAGAGCGCAGCCAAGAACGGCGGCUCGGCCCUCUCCCUCGGUCACGGCUACAUCAAGGCCGCGAAUCACAUCAUGGGUUUCCCUAAUCACUCGCCCAAUCAAGGGCAGCUGCCUCCCCUGUCGCCGCACAACUACGCCUACAUCUCCAACACACACAGGGUGCCUUUCCCCAUGGCCUUGCAUCUGAACAUCCUGAACAUUCCCCCGCACGGGACCGCUGCUAUACAGAGACACUAUGGUGAGGAGGAUCCUGAGAAGGAGCAGAGGGUGAAAGAGAUCGAACUGCUGCUCAUGUCAACAGAAAAUGAGCUGAGAGGCCAGCCAUCACUACCAAUGACUUUGCCCUAUCCAAGCUGGGCCAGCCAGAGCUGCCUGACCAACAGCCCGGACGGUGUGGCUUUGUUGCUACCUCGUCACCAGGCUGCUGCCCCCGCCCUGCCCCUCGACCAGAGCUGCCUGCCGGAGGAGAGCGCCUCGGCAGCACGUGCACAUACCAACAGCAGCAGCAGCAACAAUAACAACAACAACAACAGCAACAGUCAUCACAGUAGCCCAACGUUCUCGAAUACUCUCCCAGAGUUCAUGGAAUCUGUCAUUGAUUCAAGCCUCUCCUCAUUGGGUGAGGCCACUGCCAGUGAGCUCAUGGAUAGGAGCACUCUCAGAACAGACAGGGUCUCGCCCAAUCAGGGCUCCAGAACUGCUCACGAUGCAUGGGCUGGUUUCAUCUGCUCCACUCCCAAGCCUUCGACAGUCAGAAAUCUUCCCUUUUCGCCCUCGCAGUUUCUCAGCCAGUCGAUGAGCCCAGGACACUCGGACAACGACAGCUUACCGAUGGAGUCCAAGCCUCAGAUCGACCCCUCGCUCAGGCCACAGAAAGAGAAUGAAAUGUUCAGAACGCCAAACAUUUGCCGUUCUAUCAUGGAGUCGUCACCUCGCACACCCACGCCGUUCAGGUCGGCUCUGGCCCUUCAUGAAGCCAAGUACGGACCCCUCAAACUGAAUAUCCCUUUGGAACAUCAGAUGGUCAACUCCAUCAAGCAGGAGCCGAUGGAGUGUGCCAUCGAGCAGCCUCCUCUGAAGAAGAUAAAACAAGAGGUGGAGUCCCCGUGUGAGAGGAGCCCGUGCAUGCAGUGGGAAGCACAAGACCUUCACACGCAGCUCUUCUCCCCUAACGGCCCCGCACAGGAAGUACCUGACCUACUUUCCAGCUCAUUAUUGAGUGAGGAAGGACACAAAACCUACGCCGUCCCUCGCAGAGCCCUGGGCAGCCCACUACAGCAGCUCAGUACCUGGGAGCAUGCGACCUGUGGGAAAACAGAGGAGCACGUUCUGGCGUCAGAGCAGAGCCACAAGUACAUUAACACUUACCCUACAAGGACACUGGUCAUGUAGACACAUGUGACACGUGUUGAUCCGGAAACAUCAACACUCAGUGCGCUGGACGCAGCGUGGCGGAUUUCGUAUUUGUUGUGGUACAACAGUUGGGAGAGGCUCUAUGCCACUGGUGUUUUUACACUCACACUUGUUGGAUUUCAACCAACCAAAGACUAUAACUCUUUUUUUAUGUCUUUUUCAUAGAAUUUGAUUUGGGUUUCUUUUUUUUUAUAAAUGUUCAUCCUAUCACUUUUGGUCUCGUCAUUGUAUCAUUAUGGAUGUUAUGUAUCAUAAAUGGGAUAUGGUGACUAUAUAAUUUGCGUUGGGCUGUAUUAAUAAUUCCGAAUUUUUAUAUUAAUAUAAAGAACAAGUUAAUUAAUUUAUUUCUUUUGUUUUUAUGAUGACUUUCUGAUGUUUUUUUUUCUUUUCCAAUUGGCCGACAGAGCAGUGUUGUAAGUUAAGUAUUUAAAGCCCUAUUAGCAUUAUCGUAUAUCUAAAGGCAUAAAACUGACCUCUGAAACUUCUCUGUUGCUUUUUAUCUUUGUCGUUAAAUAGGAUAUAAUGGGUCUACUGAAAAUUUCAAGUGUUUGCUCUGUGCCACCUCUUUUUUAACCCCGAACUACUGAGCGAGAGAAGCUACGUCUGUUGUUACGUCAUUAUUAAAUUAUGAAUUAUAAUGAGUCGCAAUAAAAGGGGCCAGACUUAUUAGUAUUACCUGAUUACCACGAUGGCACCUUUAUUUCUACAUAUAUAUAUAUAUAAAUACAUAGUAUAAUUAUGAAUUCAAACUAUGUUAAAUGAACUACUGUUUGAAAUCAUGAGCUUUUACCCAGUAAAAGUAAGACCAACCUGCACUUGAGUUUUAUGUUCUCCAUAUAAACAAACCAAGACUACUAAACACUGAUGUGUUAUAUGAUGCUACAAACAAAAGCCCGAUUGAAACCUAUGUGCUGUUGUCAUGUCUUUGAAUAGUUUUGUACUUUUUUUUUUAUAUAUAAUGCAUAUUCAAUCCGCAUUGUGUUUUCAUACUAAGACUGCAGUAGCCCAUUUCAGACACUUAGCAGACAAUCUUUUUUUCUACAUGUUUUUGAUGCCUUGUUUUUAUACUAGCUUUUGAGCAAAAGUGAUUUUAUAAAAAAGCAUGCCAAGUUUUUAUGUUUUUUUUAUACUUUUCUAUCCUGCCUAUUAAAUAAAGUGUGUUGUUUUAAUACA